UCGGCAGCGACAUGGAGGAACAGGCGCCCGAAUCGCAGGACGAUAUCGAUUAUCACAAAAAAGUCGGUGUCAUUGUUGGAGUGAUAAUGGCGUUAAUGUGCAUUGCUUGUUGUAUUACCUGUAUUUUGGUCAGAAGACGUUGCUUGAAACGUCGCGCUUUGGCUCGGGUUCGAAUGGCGGCGUCAAACAACUAUUAUCCCGCCGUCGCACAUUACACCUCCCAUGUUGGUGCUGUGCAGGUCAGACUGGAAGAUCCCUACGCGGCGAAUAUCCACGAGACUCAGCACCUCGUCGCCGAGGCCCAUUCCACUCACAUACCGCCGGUUUCUCCGAGCCAUUUGGACACUAAGGGAGGUGAGGAGUUUCCAAAUGGCAAUGUGAACGGUUCAGCAAAACCAUACAUGAAUGGGCAUUUAUCUAAUGGUCAUGUCCACAUAACUGAAAAUCCACAAUAUUACGCAUUUGAAUGCAACGGCCACGCGGGAUCGAAAAAAUCCAAGCGUCCCGAAAAACUCGACUUCGAGGAGGACUCGAACUCGAACGUGAAGUCCUCGAAAUUCUACGACCUCUACAGAUUGUUUGAGAACUCGAAAAAGUCGAACCCGAACUAUCACCAGUGCAAUCCUCACGUUGAGCAAAACGUAUGCAAAUUGAGAAAUUCGAACAGCGGGUCCCUGGAGCUGUCCGGGGACCUCUCGGCGAACGAUACGCAGUUGACUUGUUUAGACGACUCCCUUGGCAUCAGCGUGGUUAACAGCCAUAGGAGGACGUCGCCUAUCUUAGGUCCUAACGGAUAACAUUAUUAGUUUCUAGCCAGACGUUUGUUAAAAUAAUUGACAUUUUACAGUCAUGACCAAUUGUAAGCUAUAACAGUUUUUUUUUACGUUGAUUUACAAUACAUACUGCCCUAUUUACAAAACGCAAACCCAAAGUUGAGAACACAGCUUUACAAACAACCACGAUAGGACUGAUUUUUUUUUACGUUUCCCCGAUGGCAAUAUUCCACGUUAAAUUACAGUACGCAACAAGUCUUCUGUCUUUAUUUGAUUUUUUUUUUUGUAUAUAUUACUAUUGCUCAAUAUAAACAAUACUGUCAGUUGUUUUAUCUGCAUUACACCAACUUAUCAGAGAGACGGGUGCACAAAAGUCGGAACGCGCCCGGAAAUGAUCGGAAUCCAAUGUAAAGUAGCUUAAUAUAUUUUUCCGUGAUUCGGGCGGGCCUCCACAUCGAAUCUAUAACGGUAACAAUAAUAAUAAUAACACUAUCUGGAACGUGCAGUAUUCGUAUUCGUAUUUAUGUGAUACGCGAAUCUCCAAUACGGUUUAACGGAGCGGUUUUUAUGAAAUCUUCGUUUUUUUUCACUUGGUGUUUUGUUUGCGUGGGGCGGACUAAAUUUGACGGGAUUUGAGGUUAUCUUGGAAACAAUUUGUUCGUCUGAUUGAAAAAAAGGCGAAAAGUUUCUUAUGAUAAAUUUUGAGCAGAAGCUCGUUCGUUUUUCGAGGAUGUAAAAAUUGUUGGACGGUUGGUCGAGAUUGAUGAGGUUUUUUGGCGAAUAAAAAAUGCAAUCUUCUAAAUUGACAUUUUUUGCUGUGUUAUUUAUUCUUUAAUAUUUCGUUUUCUUAGGUUUAUACAGCACAAACGAAAAUUCGUUUAUAAACAGUAUUUGUACGUCUUCAGAAUGAAAACAAUUUUUAAAAUGAAAAUAUUUUCAUGAAAAGUUUAAAAAUUUCCUGUUUGGCACAUCCUCGAGGUUGAAUAGGGAUCACAACCCCCAAGAUUCCUUUUUUAUAUUGGAAAUAUUUUGCAUUGUUUUUCAGUUUAUUUUAUUUAAAUAAAAUCCUUUUUAUUUAAAUAUGGUGCUAAAAAAAUUAACAAUCGAAUACGAAA